AUGCAUUCUGAAUCCCAGCCUUCCCCUCCCCUCCCCCACACCCCAGUAAAAGCUUCCAGAGCACCCUCCAGAACUCAGCACAUGAAAGCCCAGACUCCUUUAAAAUCCACCAGAGGCAAGCAAAGGAAACUGAAGGACGACCUGCUGGGAAUGAAGCCUGCAAGAGGACUUAACUGCCCUGCAGCCCUCCCUGGCCUUCUGCCAGCACGCAGCCCUACUUCUCUGCAUUUUAAUGUUCAGGAAGCUAGAGAGCCUCUUCCAUUGCUAACUAGAGGCCCUGGAUACAAUGGGAAGGCAGCGAGGGAGGAGGGCUGUGUCUUGGCAUAA